AUGCCGUCAGUGAAUACUCUGGAGCCGAGCCCAAUAACGUCGCGAGCAGAUCACCCAGGUCUGAAGGCCCAUAGACCCCUCCCGCGAAAACGCGAUAUAUUACCAACGCAGGAGUCGACAUCAAUACCUCCAUCGUCCAGUCCGAGACCAGAUGUCACGCCUCCCUCGAACGGAUACGCUUAUCCUACCGCGCCAGCGCUCCCGCUGACACCCCCUGGCCUAGGAUUAGGAGCCUGCGAGAAAUCAAGCAAUGGUAUUUCACGAGAGAUUUCCCACGAGCUUAUUCCAGGCACGACAGGGACUGGUACGCCAACGCACCAGCUGAGCCCCCCGACACCCGACAUUACGCCUCCACGAGCUUUCUCUCAGUUUAAAAAGAGGGAAGGUCUUACUCCAAUACACCCGUCCAUGUCCUCGAGGGCUGAGUCGUUCACAACUGCCCGAGAAGCUUUGUCAUCAGAGGAAGAAGAGCUAGAAAGGAGAAAUGUGCCCGCGACACCACUAUUGCGCCCAGCCAAACACAAGCUGCCUCACCCUCUACGAACAAAUACGUCAUCUUGGGAGCCAGAGAUCUCGAAAAAUGCAGGUCCACUCGAGGACGGCGUCGUUGCAGAGGGAAUGAAUGUUAGCCAGACGGACGCAACCACGUUUGAUUCUUUCGAUGGCCAGCGGGCUAAGCCACAGGAAAUCGUUACUACAAAAUUCCAAACAAGGAAACACAGGCGUCGGCCAAUUCUUGGGGAGCACGAUCCAUUCUCCCAGGUCAGCAGUAGCCCUUCUGAUUUGAAUCACAUUUCUAAAUCAUCGUCGAGCCGGGAAAGGAGCUUGAAACAGCGUGUGCAAGAUUCUCAAAAUACUCCCCAUACCUCGUCCGUUGAGGGGUUUGCGGAGGAUAUAGGAUGGGCCGCGGAACAGGAACAGCCGGAUAUGAGCGAACGCAUCCACAUUUGGCGUCUCUCUGGGAUCUCAACCACAUCAACCGUGGAAGCUAUCGUGAUAGACUCUCCACCACGAAAACUGCCGACGUUACGGCAUACGAAAAAGAAAGUCUCCCUUCGUUCUGCCAGUUCACCUCUUCCCAAAUCACACUUUGACGAUUCAACGUCUUCUUUGGCGGACUCUCACCCUCGUUUACUCCGAAGGUCAGCCCGGAUUACCAAUGAAAACCGAUGGAGCGUGUCAUCAGAUAUGUCCUUCGCCGCCAGCGCAACCUCCACGCGACCAAAACCGAAGCACGAUGUCGUACCGGUUGUAGUAAUUCCUCAGCGGCGAUCCUCGUUGAAAUCUACACAUUCUGGCAGCAAGGACCAUUCACGAACGCAUUCUCUCGGUUCUAGUUGUCGGCCUGCAACUGCGCCGGACAACUCUAUCGGGUCUUUUGACAUAGCUCGGCGGACAAGACGCACUUUAUCCGCAUCUCUACCUUCCACGACCUCAAAAAAUGUGGGUUGCGGCAGUUAUUCGUCCGGACCAGUUAUUCCCCAAAGAAAGUCCUCGUUAUCCGCACCUACCAGUAGAAAUAACUCGAGGGCACCUUCGCUGACGUUGGAGAGUUUGCGACAUGCACUUCCUCCUACCUCCCAACCCUCUGCCCCUGAACGCCGCAAUCACAGCGCUAUGGAUUACGGCGCUAUGGAUCCUGUAUCUAUCAAAAUCCCCGCCCAGGAACCUGCCAAACAGUUUGCAAACCUAACUCCACAUACAAGCCAACAGCCAUGUGAUGAAAACGGCCCAAUGAUAUCUCCGUCCCUCACUCUUACGCCGUUUCAAGCAUCCAUUCAGUCAUUAUCUCCUGGCCCAGUGGAGAUUCACGAAGCCAGGGCUGUCCCGUUUUUCUUCCAUAAUAACAAGUCACUUUUGCUUGUAGAUCAGCAGCCUAUCACCGAAUCACGAGCUGUUCAGGAGCUGCGCACCUCUCCAGGCGAUAUGGAAAUGAAAGUUGUUCGACCGACGACCCCAGAUACAUCUAAUCAAGACACAAUAGCUGAUGUUGACUCUCCACUCCGAAACCCUCGUCCUCCGCCAAAACCCCCUGCCGUCAAGGUUAUUCCUCCAACACCUAUGGAUGAAAUUAACCAACCCGCUGUUCCAGAAACAAUCAAUUCCGAAAAAUUCAAUGGCGGAAUGCGUCGCCUUGGCUCAGUUCGCCGUGCUUUGAGCUCCCGGAGACGUGCCGAAACAUACACUGCCCCGGUUUUGUCUCAAAAUGUACGAAAUCCCAAAGCCGGCAAACACAUAGACAGCAAAUUACAUCCAUUUUGGUUACCUCGACCAUUUUGGGAAGGACUUGUGGACUCUGACAUCGAUGGCGAGGGUAUCACCAGGCCUGAUUCUCCUAGCACGAGGAAUAUCGAUGAUCUGUACGUCAGUAACUCUUUGGGUAUACCGCAUAAGCGCGUCGUAUUCGCCGGCCCACUGUCAGUUCUUCGGCGGAUGUCCAACCGUUCUCGGCAUCGGACCGCGCAUCGCAAGAGUGGCAACCAAGAAUUUCCAUCCUUCUACAACACUGGUUUCCCACCCCUUCGGAUCCGGCGCCAGAGGGAACAAGAUAAGCUUGAGGAGCGAAGAGACAAGUUGAGGAAAAGCAUCGGGGGACGAAUUCUAACGAAUAACACUGCCAUCAUCUUUCCAGAUGGUCGAUAA